AUGAUGCGGGUGAGUGUGCGCCACGGACUGGGUGUUCUGAUCAUCGCACUGUGCUGCCUGUGUGGCUGUGUGACAGCUGUGCCCGCACCGCCAGAUGCCGCAGAGACACCUCAACGUCUUCUUGAGCGUGUGAAAGCCGUUGCUGUGCUUGCCAAGAAGAGGGCCGAUGAGGUCAUGGAAUCAGCGAAAGCAGUGAAAGAUGCGGCCGAAAAAUCCAAGAAUGUGACGGGUGUAGCCCACGCAAAAGCCGUCGAGCUCCGUGAAGCUUUGAAUGCCGUGGACAAGGGAGUUGAGCAGCAACAGAGCAGCGGUGCAGGGUCUGACGUCGUGACAAAGGUGAAAGACGUGAUGGAUGUGUCACAGAAGGCGCACGAAGCACUUUCUGCCGCAGCUCGGAUGUCUUCGUUUUACGGUACAUGGGUGACGGAGGCCGUCAGUAAGGCGAUGCUGUCACAAGGCAUAUGGCAUGGGCGAAAGGUAUCUGUUGGACAAAAGGAAGCCGAGCUUGUUGAGCGGGCGUGGGAGGCAAAGGAAGUCAUGGUGGCCUUUUUAACCAACACGAAUACCAAGACUAAUGGCGCGUUCACAGCUUCAAUGUUUGGGGGGCAGUUUGCGAAAAGCGCUAAACAGAAGGUCGACGCGGCACUAGAAAUCUCACAGAGCUUGACGCAACCCGGAGUUAAACCGAUUCUGACGGAACAUUUGGUGAAAGCCGCUGAUGAGACGGAGAAGAUAUUGAAGCAGGCGCUGGGUGAGGCUGACACGGGAAUCAGGGAAGCUAAUGCGGCUUUUAAGGAAGCAGAGGGUGCUGCCAAGAGUGCCGCGUUAAUGAUGGAUUUUCUGGAGAAGGCAUUGUACGCUGUCAAGGCGGAAGGAACGCCUAAGCCGGUGACAACUCCGGGUGCUCAGCUGGCCUCAGACCGCACCUCCCUGGAAUCCUCCGGGCCACUGGGCGACGUCUCCCACUCUUCUGAAAAGGAAUCAGAUGAAAUCUCCGCGACAACUGUAAACAGUGCCCUAAGUAACAUUGGCAAAACGGGCACCACCACUGUAAGUCCACAGGAACACAAUGCCGCAGACAAGAGUAAAGAGACUGACGCUGCUGAUGCGAAUGCUCCUGGCAGCACUGCAGACACCACCGUGCGUGAUGCUUGGAGUGCGGACAGCAGCGUCAGUCCUUCGUGGGUGCGCACACCGUUGCUGCUGGUGGUGGGUGUGCUGGGCCUCCUGGCUGUGUGCUGA